GUUGUUUUGUUACAGAGGUGCAAGGAGAAGUUGAACACCCUGGCUAUCUCAGUAAUGAACCAAUGGCCGGGUGUGAAAGUAAGGGUGACAGAAGGUUGGGACGAGGAAGGGAAACACGCGACGGAUUCGCUGCAUUACGAGGGACGUGCCGUCGACGUGACGACGAGCGAUCGGGAUCGCUCGAAAUACGGGAUGCUGGCGAGACUCGCCGUCGAAGCUGGUUUCGACUGGGUCUACUACGAGUCCAGGUCACACAUUCACUGUUCUGUCAAAUCUGAAUCCUCAUCGACGGUGAAGUCCGGCGGCUGCUUCCCGGGCAGAAGCCUAGUGCGAACGGAGGACGGUUCCACGAAGCGUCUGGAUCAAGUGGAGCUCGGCGAGCGAAUAGCAGCGGUGGACAAUCACGGUGACGUCGUGUACAGCGAGGUGAUAGCCUUCCUCGAUCGCUCCGUCACCGAGAGGCGACAGUUCGUCCGGUUGGCCACCGAGUCCGGCCGUGUCCUCACCCUGACCCCGGCGCACUUGGUCCCGGUGGAAAAUAGAUCAACGGUGUUCGCCGGCAGGGUUCGACCAGGCGACAAGAUCCUCGUGAGAGAUCCAGACGGCGAGAACGAGCUGCGACAUCGUCUACGAUGGGACAAGGUGGUCGACAGUCGAUUGGUACUCGAGGAGGGGAUCUACGCGCCAUUGACGAGCGAGGGAACGGUGCUGGUUGACGACGUGGUGGCUUCUUGUUACGCGAUCGUCGACAACCAGCAGCUGGUCCACCUCGCGUUCCUCCCGUACAGAGUGUGGAGCGGCGUGAAAACGUUCGUCGAGAGGAGGGUCCUCGGCGCGGAGGAUCACAGGUACACGGACGUUAGGCAGGACUCGACGACCGAGCAGGAGGGCAUACUCUGGUACGCGUCGUUUCUCUACUGGAUCUCGUCGUACGUCACCCCUUCGAAGAUGGUGUAUCAAUGAAGCAACCAGCUUCAGGUUCGAUCGAUCGAUCGAGAGAGAGAGAGAAAGAGAGAGAAAGAGAGAGAGAGAGAGAGACUUCUUAUGGUGAGACGUCUGUCACGUGAAACGCGUCCGCGAGAGUUCGUGAGCAACGCGUUGGACUCGUACCGCGAGAGAAGACUUCUAGAGGACGAGGAUUACGACGAGGAUAUUAUGAAUGUGCGUAUGUACAGGGGAGUACGAGAGAAUUGGAUGGAUCUGGAGGUGAACUUCGUUUUGGGAUACGCGUUGAGUUUGUUGGAGAUUUCUUUAUACUUAGAAUGGAUAAUGUGGAUAAAAUAGUUUUCGACGAGUAGAACGAGGUAGAACGGUGUAUUUAUUGUUGGAGAUAGUGAUUGAAUUAAAUACAAGGUGGUUGAAAGAGAGUUUAAAAUUUGUAUUUGCCCAACUAGAAACUUCUUUAUU